AUGCCCUACAUCCCAUCCGUCUCAUCCGCAGCCGCAGCCAACAUGUCAUCGGUGGCGAAUAUGACUGCAGCGUAUUUCAAUACGAAAGGUGCAGCCUAUGGAACACCACAUCUUGGCUUCCCAACAGCACCUGCGCACAAUUUUCUGCCAACCGGUAUGGGCUACAUCGGUGGCAGUUUGGCUGAGUGUCAACCAGCAGGACUAGCAUGGAACGCUGGCGCGCCGCCCAGGUAUGGAAGGCACGUUUCGUACUAGUC